AUUAAAGUGUGAUGAUUAGGAACAAAACAGCUUAUCGUAUAUUGUGUGAGGAGAAGGAACAUGAAAAUGCAAUUCCAGUGUACAUUCAAAUGAGUCUGGGGGGUGUAGGAAACAUUCUGGCGAUCAUUUUGCUACUAUUGAGUCGACAUGAACACAAAUUCCAGUCCUUCUAUAUUCUGUUUACGGGUCUGGUGAUUACGGACUUAAUAAAUAAUGGCGUUUGUUAUCCUUUAAUUCUUCAAAGGUACAUUUCUCACUUUACGUGGUGCCUUUCCUAUCAACUUUGUGAUUUUCUUUCGUUCAUGGAAACAUUUUCCCAUUUGGCCUCAGGAAUGUUCAUUUGUCUUAUGACCAUAGACAGGUAUCUUUACAUUCAACGACCACCCUCAAACAUGGCUGUUAAUUCUAGACUGAAAUAUAUUGGUUUAUUGUGUGCUUUAUUAGGUAUAACGAUAGUAAUAUCUAGUUUACAUGUAAUAGGGUUGGGGAACAGUCAGUUGUACUACCCUGGAUCUUGGUGUUUUCUGGAUUUUACCAGCAAAACUUUGGGAAAUAAAGUUAACGCUUUAAUAUAUUCCGUGUUUGGAAUCACCAUCAUGCUCGUGACUGUCAUCAUAGGUUUCAGAACUGUGAUAAUGAGCUGUAGAAACACGGAGUACCAAGCAUUACUUCUCGAUAACAAUCUAGUGACAGGAAUAUAUGACACCCACGUGACCAAGUUCUUGGUCAUUUCGAUGUUUACUUUUGUUUUCCUAUGGGGACCACUUCUGAUCGACAUUUUUCUCCACGCUACAAAUUUAACGACAGGAAACAACAAAAAGGAACUCUGGCUUAUUCGUUUGAUGUAUCUAAACUCUCAAAUUAAUCCUUGGCUCUACGUCAUUCUUCGAAGAGAAAGUCUGCGCCGAUUUUUCGUUAUGAUUCUGCAGUGUAGAAAACUUUGUGUUAGAAAUAAAGAAGAAUCUGGUUACGAAGAAGUUCAAAAUUUUGCCAGUAUCGAAAGUGGCUAAUAAAAACACACAAAGGUAG